CGUCAGUUCAAGUUGAGCGCUCGAGUUGGCCGGUUGUCAGAGACGCGUGUUACCAAAAAGAUACCCCCAAGGCGGCAGUAGCAAGGCUUACACCACUCAGAGUCUGAGUUUUGUGUUGUUUCGUUUCUUUCUGGCAGAACGAUACGAUUCUGUGUAGUUUCCCAUCGUACGUGAAGUGUUUGUGUGCAAAGCCAAUCCAAUAAAGUCGCAAAGAGACCGAGUCACAAGUGCCCCCAAAAGUACAGCCAAUAAACCAACAACAACCAACACAUACACCCAACAACAACACACAGCUACAAAAUGGAAUACCGGUGCUUUAGUAGAAGUUCUGUCAAACACCUAACGGCACUCUGCGUCAUCAGUAUUGCACUCACAUGCGCCAAUGCGGCGUUAUGGCCCAGCUACAGCAGCAGCGACGAUGCGCCUGCAAGCAGAUGCGCCGGAGGGCGUGGACUGAAAUAUCUAUCCGGCGAUGCGCUCACGGAUUCGCUAGACUGUUUGGGACCCAACAAUGCGCCAUACCCCAGUGCGGCCGUUGCGCGCACAUUCUCCAACUGGAACGGAAAUUCGCGUCGUGGACGCCAGAGCAAAUUGCCCGCCACUCUGGAUCCCGCAGUGACCACGAGUGCACUUUUGAGGGCCUACGAUGAGGUAAACAAUGAGGCUAUCGGAAGCAAUCGUUAUGGUCGUUCCCUGAAGAAUGCCUCGCCGGCGCAUCAGUGCAAGAGCGAUACACCGGCGCGACUGUGCAAGACGCGCUACAACACCACGGCACCCAUGUAUGGCGUCAGUUUGACUUCUGGCCAGCCGGUCACCAUAGUUCAGAAGUUCCCCGAUCUCCUGCAACAAGUCGUCUUCGAAGUGUGCGAAUCCUCUGAAUGUGAUGUGGUUCGCGGCGAGUGUACGCAAACCUAUGUGCCCUACCUGUUCCUGGUCAUUCCCCUGGGCCCAGUGACGCUAACCGGCCAGGACUAUGUGCUCGUGGAGAGCGGAUGCGUCUGCAAGCCGAAGUACUCGACGGGCGCCGCCCAGGAGCCAAACAUGAUACCGUAGGUCUUGGCGAGUACUGGCAGUACUACCCACCCACUAGGAACACAAACAGCAACCAAAAGAACUGAGCGAGUUUUGGGUCGAAGCUGAGCAGCGGCUGGCUGGCUAAAUUAAUAUGUACUUAAACGAGGAAUUAUUUUUUGUAGCGAAAUCAAUUUUGCAAAUGUUAUUUAAUGUUUUUCCAAUCCCCCAUAUCCUCCUAUAUCUUCUCAACACUCUCAGCUGUAUAAAAUUGAAAUGCAAAUUUUGCUCGAAAAAUAAUCAAAUGCUAAUCUUAAGUUUACAUUUAAACAAAAUUAAAUUAAUGCACUCGUGCGUUUAUAGUUUGUAUUUAUUAGAGCCCCUAAAUAAAAAGCAUUCGUUUCGAAAUGUCAAUAUAAA